GCUGCUUCCUCUUCAGCNGCGGUGUCGCUCCUAACCAGCCCCUUCUCCCUGGUGCUCCUCGUCUCCCUCCUCGCCUCCUGGCUCUUCCUCUAUCUCCUCCGCCCCACCGACCGCCCCCUCCGCCUCUUCGGCCGUACCUUCACGGAUUUCGAGACGCUCUCUCUCCUCGCCGCCGCUUCCUUCUUCCUCCUCUUCCUCACCCCCCUUGGCUCCCUCCUCGUCACCGCCUUCACCGUCUCCAUCGCCCUCGUCGCCGCCCACGCCGCAUUCAGAGUUCCCGAGGACCUCUUCCUCGACGACCGCGACUCCACCCAGCCGGCCGGCUUCCUCUCCAUCCUCCGCGCCGCUGUCAACGUCCCUCCCGUCCCCCCACCCGUCCCCAGCCGCGGCUGAUCGGAGCUUCUCCCUGUCUGCACCCUUCGAGGAUUCAUUCAUUCACAUGUUUGUUUAUACGUUUGGUUAGGGAAUUUGGACACGUUUUCUCUUUUAUUAUAUAUUUUUGGAGGGAAAACUUUUUAUUUUA